AUGUCCUAUGACCGCUAUGUGGCCAUCUGCAAACCCCUGGAUUACGUGAGCAUCAUGAGCAGCAGAGUCUGCGGGAACUUCAUCCUCUCUUGUUGGGUAUCUGGCUUAUUGAUCAUCCUUCCACCCCUUGGUUUGAGCCUUAAUCUGGAAUUCUGUGACUCUGUUAUUGACCAUUUUUUCUGUGAUGCUCUUCCAAUGCUGAAGAAUUCAUGCUCAGAUACAUGGUUCAUAGAGCAGCUGGUCAUAUUUGGUGGUGUUUUAAACUUCCGAUUGACCCUAGUGUGUGUAGUUCUGUCCUAUAUUUACAUCGUUAGAAUGAUUCUAAGAAUAAAAGCCUUUUCCACUUGUUCUUCUCAUAUGAUUGUGGCUUCCAUCGCAUAUGGCAGCUGCAUUUUUGUAUAUAUCAAACCUUCAGCUAAAGAUGAGCUGGCCAUUAAUAAUAAGGAGGUUUCUGUGCUCAUUGUGUCUGUUGCCCCUUUGUUGAACUCCUUCAUUUAUACCCUGAGAAAUAAACAAGUGAAGCAGUCUUUCCAUGACACCCUCAAAAGUCUUGUGCUUCUUCCAAAGAAAUUUUAG